UUUGAUAACGAAUAAAGGAAAAUAAUAUUCUAGCAGAACCAAGUACAUUUAACACUCGAAUAAAAUAAAAACGUUUUUAACACCCAGCAUUUUAAAGUUGUUUAAUUAGUUUUAAAUAAUAAUUAUACGAUAUACAUAUUAAUAAAAUGGAAGAAAUCGGUAUUGUUUUACCGGAAAGGGAUGAUAGCCAAGACGCUAAGCCAACCUUACCGAACUUGAAUAACGUUGAAGCCGGAUUAGACAGCUUGGAUCACUAUUCUAGAUAUAAGCGUUUACAAAGAUAUUUAGAAUUUUUGACUGUUCAAGAAGAAUACAUUAAAGAUGAACAGCGGAAUUUGAAAAAAGAAUAUUUACAUGCCCAAGAAGAAGUAAAACGUAUUCAGAGUGUGCCUCUAGUGAUCGGACAGUUUCUCGAAGCUGUCGACCAGAACACUGGUAUUGUCGGCAGUACUACUGGAUCAAAUUACUAUGUACGCAUAUUGUCGACCAUUGACCGUGAACUACUCAAACCAUCGGCCAGCGUAGCUUUACAUAAACACAGUAACGCUCUAGUCGAUGUGUUACCUCCUGAAGCAGACUCCUCCAUAUCUAUGUUACAGGCCGACGAAAAACCUGAUAUUCAAUAUUCUGAUAUCGGAGGCAUGGACAUGCAGAAACAAGAAAUUCGUGAAGCGGUCGAAUUGCCAUUAACACACUUUGAGUUAUAUAAGCAAAUUGGUAUUGAUCCACCUCGAGGUGUAUUGAUGUACGGUCCACCAGGAUGUGGAAAAACCAUGUUAGCUAAGGCCGUGGCUCAUCACACUACUGCUGCUUUCAUUCGUGUUGUCGGGUCGGAAUUUGUUCAAAAGUAUUUAGGUGAAGGUCCACGUAUGGUGCGUGAUGUCUUCCGUCUAGCUAAGGAAAAUUCACCAGCUAUAAUAUUUAUCGACGAAAUUGACGCGAUUGCCACAAAACGUUUCGAUGCCCAAACUGGUGCUGAUCGUGAAGUCCAACGUAUUCUCUUGGAGUUGCUCAACCAAAUGGACGGUUUCGAUCAAACCACCAAUGUCAAAGUGAUAAUGGCCACUAACCGAGCUGAUACACUAGAUCCCGCUUUAUUGCGUCCCGGACGAUUAGACAGGAAAAUUGAAUUCCCAUUGCCAGAUCGCAGACAGAAGCGUUUAGUGUUCUCUACUAUAACGGCUAAAAUGAAUCUCAGCGAAGAAGUCGACUUGGAAGAUUACGUUGCUAGACCAGACAGGAUUUCUGGAGCUGAUAUCAAUGCCAUUUGUCAAGAGGCUGGAAUGCAUGCAGUACGUGAAAACCGAUACAUUGUGCUACCUAAAGACUUCGAAAAAGGAUACAAAAACAACAUUAAAAAAGAUGAAUCAGAACACGAGUUCUACAAUUAAAUUUUGUGAAAAAGUUGAGUUCUAUAAAAAAUUAUUUACAUUAUUUAGUUUAAGAAAUUAUAUUAUUUUUUCUUUGUAAACACAACACUCGAGUGUGAUAAUACAUUUCGUAUCGUUAAGAGAUUGUAUUUAAAAAAAUUAAAGUAUACAUUAAUAAUAUAAAAAAAUAAACAUAUUUUAUUUCACUUUUAUAUAAACAUAUUUUAAAGCGUUCGGUUUAAGUGAAAAAUAUCAGUACACAAUUAACAGAAUACAUAUGUAUAAUAGGUA